CAACCGGAAAGUUUCGAUUUUCCUGAGCUUCUGCCGCCGAUUCUCCUAUCUUAGACCCUACCUGCCCUACCAACCCCACCAGGUCACCACCACCCCCACACACUUCAAUCUCACAUUCUCUCUCUCUCUCUCUCUCUCUCUCUCUCUCUCUCGCUCUGUGUGUGAUAGUGUAAGUGGCGAAGCAUCCAAAAGCAGACUAAGAGAAGAUGUUAGCUCCGUUGCCUUUUUCUCUCUGCUGUGCUCUCCUUCUCUGCCUCCCUUUGGCGAUCAUCUUCACCAUCACCAACCCAAUCCCCAUCACCACACUCACCACAACCCACAAGAAAUACCCAGUAACGCCGCCGCCUUCACCUCCGGAAGAUGACGAAUCUCUCUUCCGCCUCGCCGCCAGAAUGAACCCAAAACCAUGGCCUCCUGGCUCACCCAAAAAGUUAGCCUUCAUGUUCUUGACGACCACCCCUCUCCCCUUCGCCCCGAUUUGGGAACUCUUCUUCAACCAAACCCAUACGAACAAGAAUCUCUUCAACAUCUACAUCCACGCGGAUCCGUCCUUCCCUUACGAUCCACCUUUUUCCGGGGUAUUCACCGGCCGGGUCAUUCACUCCAAACCUACCCAACGGUCUACUCCAUCGCUAGUCUCAGCCGCGCGUCGCCUACUAGCCCACGCCCUCCUCGAUGACCCUGCCAACGCUAUGUUCCCUCUCCUCUCCGCCUCCUGCAUCCCUCUCCACUCCUUCAAUUUCACUUACCAAACCCUAAUCCGAUCAAAGAAGAGCUUCAUCGAGAUCCUCAACAACGAACCAAGCGCCUACAGUCGAUACGUCGUGCGUGGAGAAGAAGCCAUGCUCCCCGAAAUACCUUUUGAGGACUUCCGACUCGGGUCUCAGUUCUUCGUCUUGACACGUCGACACGCGAGGCUUGUCGUGAAGGACGAGCGUGUCUGGGACAAGUUCAACUUGCCGUGCGUUCGGUGGGACACUUGUUACCCUGAGGAGAACUACUUCCCGACAUUGCUGAACAUGAAAGACCCGAAUGGGUGCGUACCCGCUACACUCACUCACGUUGACUGGACGGGUCUAUCGGACGGCCACCCUCACACUUACCAGGCUUCCGAAGUGGGGCCCGAAUUGAUCCUCUCUCUCAGGAGUGAUAGACCGAGAUACGGCGAUACCGGAGGCGGGAACGUUACCAAUUCCUCGACCCGGACCAAACGGGAUGACCCGUUUCUGUUUGCACGGAAGUUCUCGCCGGAGUCUCUCCAGCCAUUGAUGAGAAUAGCUAAUGAGUUCAUCUUCCGAGACUAAACUAUGUGGCAAAAUUGUAAAUUUGUAGAUUGAAAUAUAAGGAAAGAAAAUCCGGAGAAUCUUAAGAAACGAUCCUUUGAUUUGUUACCCAUUCUACCAAAUAAAAAAGAUCUGUUACUUAUUAA